GCCCCCCCAACCUGCCCAUCGAGACGCGCGCAUUUCCCCCACCCGCCGCCGCAAUGGACUCGCCCAACUCGGACCUCUCCGACUACGCCAGCGACGACUUCCCCGACGACGUCAAGAUGCGGCGCCUCUCCAUCGAGCACACGCCCGACCACGAGCCCGCGGCGCGCCCCAGCAAACGCCUGCGCCUGCACAACCGCGCGCCCUCCGACCCGCCCGCGACCAACAUGCCGCCCACCGACGACUUUGGCGACAUCUCAGAGGACACGGAUGGCAGCGUGCCCGCGUCGCCGCACCACCCCGGCAUGUCGGCCGACGACGACUACGGCCAGGACCAGGUCAGCGUGUGCAAGUGGGAGGGCUGCGAGGCGGGCGACCUCGAGAACAUGGACAAUCUGGUCGAGCACCUGCACGAGGACCACAUUGGCACGCGCCAGAAGAAGUAUAGCUGCGAAUGGAGCGACUGCUCGAGGAAGGGCAUUCCGCAUGCUAGCGGCUAUGCGUUGAGGGCCCAUAUGCGCAGCCACACGCGCGAGAAGCCGUUCUACUGCACGCUGCCGGAAUGCGACCGCUCCUUCACCCGCUCUGACGCCCUUGCGAAGCACAUGCGCACCGUCCACGAAACCGAAGCCCUGCGCCCCUCCGACCCCGUCCCCAAGCACCACUCCUCGAACCCCUCCAACAAGUUCCAGCGCAUCAAGCUCGUCCUCAGCGAAGCAAAAAGACACGCCGAGAAAGGGUCCGCGCCCGCCUCGCCCUCCUCGCAUCCACCGAACAGCGCAACGGCCCCCCUGAGCGCAGACGCCGAAUACGCGCACAACAACGUCGUCUACAUGCAAGACCUCGCGUCGCCGAGCGCGCCGACCAUGGUGCAGUUCCCGCCCGACGUGGCCUUCACACCGCACGAACUGGCGCUCCCCGCACCAGACCUGUUCCGACUGCUCCGCCGGCAGUUGCACUGGGCAACGCAGGAAGGCGAGCGACUCCGCGCCGAGGCCGAAGCCCUCGAGAAGAAGCGCAAAGAAGAAUGGGCAGCCAAGGAGCUGCUCAUGGAGAACAUUAUGGAAGCAGAGCUAGCCACGACGCGGCGGAAACGGAUAGAUGCAGGUUUGGCACAUGAGCCCGAGCAUAUGGCACUUCUAGCGAAGGACGUAGCGCCAUCGAAGAAACUGAACAUCGAGCCCAAGGCGGGAAAGAUGCCGUGGUGGCGGGAAGAAGCAUGGUUGAACCGGCAUGCUGAAAUCAAGGAACCGGCAGGCGGGGCGCUAUUACUGGAGCUGCGGCCGGGUGACUUGGAGCGAGAGGCGCUUGCCGUUUCCGAGGCGGUGUGAUUCAGCCUGUGGGACUACUUCACAUCUUUUCUUUGCUUGUAUUUACUAGCACGUGGUGACUCUGGACGCGGGCGCGCUCUAGGGACACCGCAAUCCCGACUUCGACCGCCUAAAGGCUGCCGAUCAGCAAUCAAAUGGCACAUUCUCUUUGCCAUUUGCGCCUUAUAUCGCUUUUAUCAUCAAAGACUUAUGGAUACCAUUGCAAUCCAAGGUUUGGUAGUGUACAGGAUCAGCCAAACUCCAUUCCGUUUUAAUGUUCCGCCAAACGCCUUGCUGUGGCCCCAUGCGUCCUGCUUGAUGUGUCGAGUGCUCUUUGCUAACCACAGCCAGACCAUGUCAUGCCCCAGGGAAGGAAACCUCUUCACUAGGUCCAGUACUUUAUCUACCCUUCCUCUUAUCCGCCUCUGUAUUCUUGAAUGGAAACCCACUC